AUGGCACUGGCCAACGAUUCCACCAACGUCGUAACGCGGCCGACGGCAUCUGCCGAUCAUUAUGUUGCCCGUCUCGGCCAGGAUCUGAAUUCCCUGGAGCUGCAUAACAUCUCCAGUCGCAGGGACUCGGAAGGAGGAGAUGAUCCCAGUGGAUCAACUGCUUCUGCCUCUACAACUGGCCUGUCUCAGACUCAGACUCACAACGCGGCUAUCCAGUACUUCGCGCUGUGUUUCGUUUUCUAUGUGGCAGGCUGGAACGACGGUACCACCGGCCCAUUGCUACCGCGUAUCCAGGCCGUAUACAACCUUGAUUUCACAUUAGUCUCUCUGAUAUUCGUCUUCAACUGCGUGGGAUUCAUAUCAGCAGCCGCAGCAAAUGUCGCACUCACAGACCGCUUCGGAUUCGGACGCGUAAUGGUACUAGGUGCUGUUACACAACUGGCGGGCUACGCCCUAGAGGCAGCCGCUCCACCGUUCCCCGUCUUCGUGCUCGGUUAUUUCCUCAACGGAUUUGGCUUAGCGCUACAGGAAGCAGGUGCAAACGGCUAUGUGAGCAGCAUUGCCAAAAAUCCAAGCCUCAAGAUAGCCUUCAUGCAUGCUAUCUACGGUCUUGGUGCUUUCAGUUCUCCGUUCGUGUCGACUCAAUUCUCGGAGCAACGUCAUUGGUCGUUCCACUACCUCACAUCCUUGGGACUCGCCGUCGUGAACGCCGUGCUCCUCUGUGGAGUGCUGCGCUUCCGGACUCAAGAUCAAUGCCUUACGGAAAUCGGCCAGGUGCCACCAGUGCAUGCGGGACUCGAUGAAGGGAAGUACAAGCAGAUGUCUAAGCUGCGGCCUCUGCACUUGCUUGCUCUCUUCAUCUUCAUUUACGACGGCAUCGAGGUGACAAUGGGCGGCUGGAUAGUCACAUACGUGAUCGAUGUGCGUGCUGGCGGUCCUUCUUCCGGGUACAUUUCUUCAGGCUUCUUCGGCGGGCUCAUGUUUGGCCGUCUCGCCUUUCUCUGGCUCAACAAAAUAAUCGGCGAACGCAACGUUCUCUUCCUCUACAUCGUUCUUGCCAUCGGACUCGAGCUCGUCGUCUGGUUCCUCCCCUCUAUCGUGGGCGCCGCGGUCGCGGUCGCGUUCGUCGGGCUCGUCCUCGGGCCCAUCUAUCCGCUCGUCAUGAACUACUCCCGGCGCGUCCUCCCGCCGUGGCUCCUUACGGGGUGCAUCGGAUGGAUCGCCGGGUUCGGCCAGGCGGGGAGCGCCGCGCUCCCGUUUGCUGCGGGUCUGUUGGCGAAUAAGGAGGGUAUCAAGAGCUUGCAGCCGUUCUUGGUAUCGUCGAUGGCCUGUCUGGUGUGCUUGUGGGCGCUCGUGCCCAACCAUCCUCGCAGGCUCGAGUAG